CGAAUGUUGAUUGAAUGCGGUUUAGGUGUUUACGCGGCUCCGAAUAAAACCCGUGGAAAAGCGCACCGGUUGUCGUCGUGUGGUCCGCUUCAAUUAUCCGCAAACGAUCGGUUCGGCGUAGCAGCUGCAUCACGCGGCAAUAGAAUGAGCGGCAGCGACGGCGAGGACGGUCAAUGCAACAGGACGAGAGAAAGCAACGUAGUAGCGAUGGGUGACGUUCUCGCUAAGAAACACACUGACGAUACUCCUCGCGAUGGGUGCAUCGGCGUGGACGACGAUCUCGCGCGACAGGACAACGAUCGGACUGUCGACUACACGGAGGAUGCUGUCAAUUCUCCGAUCGUCGCGGACCCCGUUCCUGUCGCGAGCGUGACACUCGACGAAAGUGUGGUCGAUGAAUUUAUCAAAGGUGCAAGGGACCCCGAGAGCGUCGAGCUGAACACGACCGAAAUGAUUUCGGAGACGAUCGUUGAAAAUCCGAACAUUAUGAGCGUAGACAGCCCCUCCAGGGUGAAGGAAGCAUGCUGCUGUGAUACGUACAAAGCAAAGAGGGAAUUGUUCAGAGAGGAAUUGCAAAAGGCUAUGAAGUUUCAGAAUCUAUGGACAGAGUUACGGCAGCAUAUACGUAGCUCUUUCUAUGUUGCCUUACAAACAUCCGGUAUUCCAGGAGGUUUACACUUCCAUCAGAAUAUUUUUCAUGCGGAUGAUGUGCGUGAGAUUGUGUUGCAACUGUGUAAAAGGGAUCCUCGUCAGUUAUUUAUGAGGCUAGUAAGCCUAGCCCAAGAAUAUGUUGUAGAAGUAAAAGUUCGAUUAUUAGCUCUUCUACAUGAUCGUAGUGUAAAUAAUUUAGCAGAAAUUUUUAUUAUAGGUCUUUUAGAAGAUUAUGAUGCAUUGAUGUCAACAGCUUUAACAAUUUCUGAAUUUGUAAGACCUUUAAAGGAUCAUUUGUGUCAAUUUAAUUGUAAAUUUCCUUUAUCAUGGGAUUGUUUUAUUAAAAAACUAUAUCAGAUUUAUAUAUAUGAUGAUCCAUUGGUACAAAACAAUUUGCCACCUUUUAUUGGGCAGUUAAGAAAACAUUCGCCUUUAAAAGGCUCGUUAUACCAACGUCUUGUCAAUCUAUACUUAUCGUUCGAUAAGGAAAUGACGGUAAUUCGGGAUUUAUGGCCGGAAUCGGAAUCGUGGAUGGUCACGUACAAUGCAGAACAAGCAGUUCGAAUGACCACGCUUAGGCAAAUAAGAGAGGGUUGGGAAUUAUUUACAGCAAAUAAGAAACUUAUGGAGCAACGUACGUUAAAUAAAUCGCCCGACAUUGAGAAUGAAUUAGAUGAAGUGGAUGGACAACUUUCGACGCUCACCUCACAAGCAAAGCUUGGCAUAUCAGAAAUGGAAAGUAGACCUUUAACACCUACACCGGAUUUUAGUUUGGAUUCGCUCAAUAUGCUUCCAAGUAUUGAGAUAGUUCAAAUUUUAUUAGAUAACUGGAACAAAGCUCAGCACCAGAAACUAGCCUACAUAGCAGGUGUAUUAACUGCUAUGGAUAUUUAUGCUAAUGGGCAAGAUGAUCCAAAUUUCUUGGAAUAUGUGCGUACAAUUUGCCAGUUGGCGCAGUUCACGAUAAAAUCAUUCAGGGCACGUAAUAAAGGAACUUGUUUGGGAAAUAAUGCAGAGGAGGGGAAAAGUUGUGAAUAUCACAUGUGUUCAGGAUCAUCAGUAUCUUCUAUUGUUAAUAAAAGUGACAUGGAAAACAUAGUAUUACCGUUAGAAAAUCCUUUCCUACAGCAGACAAAUGGUUUUUUAGACACAGCGAAUUGUUCCGCGACGCAAGUGAAGAAAAAAGUAGAGGAUGUAGAGAUUAAAGAAGUAAAAAGCGACGAAAACGAAGUAAGAAAUGAAAAUGAAGAUGAUAGCGAUUUGAGAACGUCUGAUCCACAACCGUGUUCGUGCGUGUACCAACACGUGAGAGAAAUAAUGGAGAGGAAAAUGGUGCUAGAAAAUCCUCCAUGCCUGUGUUUACUAAACUCUAAACAGAAGUGGGACACUUGUCCCUGUUUGAAAAAAUCUGUACCUGAAACGGUCGUACCGAAUGGUCAUCCAAAGCCUGUAUCGCCUUCUACCGUGAAGGUUAAUCAAGAACCAAAUAAACCUGCAGUGAAAACUGGUUCUACUCAAUUCGCUCAAACACAGACAAGGCAUUCUACAACACAAACGCCGAACACAACUCAUAACCACACACCACCACUUCAAGGUACCACUCAUUCACAUACAGAUGGACCUCUUCCAGACGUGGUAAAAAAUACGGGUCCUACUCACAGAUCUCAUACACACAGCAAUCAUUCGUCGCAUGCUUGUCACAAACAGGCUAAUGUCGAGCACAUUAAGAGAGUUUCGUGUAACGACUUGAGUUCCGGAGAUGGAGAUUGUUCGGAUUCCGGGAGUAGUCAAGAGGAUUCUUGUUCCACGAGCAGUUCAGCGCAAAGAGAUUCCAGUAGACAUUGCGACUGUUGUUACUGCGAAGUAUUCGGCCAUGGAGUUCCUUCAGUAGCACCGGUUAGUCGAAAUUAUAACGAAAUGAGAGAACGGCUGCGGCAGUUGUUAACAAAGAAAAAAGCCAGGAAGUGCAAAGCCACGUGUAGCCCAUCGAAAAGUCCAUCGGAAUCGGUGGUAUCCAAUGGAAGUACGGAAACAAAAGCAGUGACAAAUUCAGCGCCUAGAUCGAAUACUCCAGUUUCAGCUAUGCCCACGGUGCAACCUGAGCAACGGGAUCAGAGAAAUCUGGAGGAGUUGCUCGAAUUUAUUGAAGGCAAUCAUAAUGGAAAGAAAGAUAAUAAUAAGAAGGCCGAGAAGAAGGCUAGACAGAAGCAACGGAAGCUGGAGGAAAAACUCAAAAGAGAUAGGCAAGAGGCAGAAAGGCAAAAACUAAUAGAAUUACAGAAAAAGACACCGGAAGUAACGAUCACCGUCGUAGACCCGCAGAAACCUGUUCCUCAAAGAUUAUUACCUCAGUGUAACCUACCCGAAGUAUCUAUUUUACCUACAUCACUGCCAGUAGCAUUGCCGACUGUAAAGCAAUUAAGUAAUAAAAAGAAAGACAAACAAGAAGUCUGUAGCAAUAGUAGUAAUACUAGUAGCAGUAGCUGUAGUAGCAGCAGUAGUAGUAGUAUCAGUAGUAUAAAUAGCAAAAUGAAGACUGCACCUGUGAAUACGAAUGUAAAGAGCAAAGGUAUUAGUACCGGUAAAGCCGACAAAACGAUGGUGCCUGGCCAGCAAACAAACAAUAAGACGGCAAGCAGAAUCGACAAAGCUGAAAUUAGCGGCAAAAAUAACAAAGCACAGGCGUCUAAUAGCAACAGCACAAACGUUAAGAGUAACAAUACUGCGGAGAAAUCACUGACUGUCGACUUGAAUGAUAAAAAGUUGACGAAAAAGGAGAGGAAGAAGUUGAAGAAGGAGAUGAAAAAAACAGAGGAGGCAAAAGCGAAGGAGGAUACAAAGAAACCGGUUCAGACAGAGAGCCAACCUCAAAUAGUGACAAUUAAGAGGGUUAUGGAAUCUAAUAGCGCGGAACCGACAGUCACGAUCACGUUGAAAGGUCAAACACCGGCCGAAGAUAAAGUUUUGUUCACACUGGUGAAUGGUCAGACGAAGGAGGUUGCUGGUCUGAAACUGGAGAACGAACAGAACCAAAAUAUCAGCGGGAAGAAAAAGAAAGCCAAAGCAAAUAAUAAUAACAACAACAAUAAUAAUACUAGUAAUAAUAACAAUAAUUCGUUGCAACAGGGGAAUAAGCAGCAGCAGUUCACUAAUUCGAAACAGCAGGCGCAGAGUAAAAUCUGCGACAGCAAGGGUAACGUGAAGCAACAGUCGAACAACGAGAAGAGUAAAGGGAAACAGGUGGACGAGAAAAAGGCUCAGCAGCAAAGUAUCACCGAGACAAAAAGCAAGUCGAAAAAAGACAAGAAAAACACCGACAACAAGGAGAACGUGUUGCAACAGAAUGUAGUGAACAAAAACAAAAAUCAACCGCAGAAUGUGUCCGGCAAGAAGCAGAAUAAGGUUAACACUCCGCCCCAAACGCCAGUUUCGCAAAAACCGUCGCAGAACUCAAGCAUCACUAAUGAUAGUAAUAAAAAGUUAAAGGCACAAUCACAGGACAAAAAUGAACAAUUGAGUUCCAGUAAGAGUAACAAAAACACGUGCACCAGCGUGACGAUCAAGCAGACGAAGAACGAUAAUCAGAAAAUUCAGAGUAAAAUGACAAAUCAGACGAUGGUCAAGCAACGACCGGAAGUACAGUCGUCGUCCACCGAAAGAAUGAAUUCUCCAUUGAGCAGUCAAUUCAAAGAUAUUGGCGCGAACUCUAAGAUUAACAUAGAAAAUUUAAAGUUACCACCCGGUAUUACGAUCACAAAAGUCGACGCUCCAACGAAACCCUUGCCAAUAAGAUCAGCGCCACUGCCCAAACCUGUGAAUCCUCCUAAACAAACCACAAUAAUUGCUGCCCCAAUGAGCGGCGUUCAGUCAAGUUAUGCUAGCCCUCAAGCGGGUGGUAAUGUAAUCGUGGUAGAUACUGGGAAGCUGAAGCAGGACCUUCUGCCUAAACCCACUGAAAAGGAUAUAAUUAAAGAAACGCAACAAAGUCAAAGCACUAGCAGCAAAAAGAAGAAAAAGAAGAACAAGAAUGGAGCGAAUUCUGGUAAUAUCAUAAACCAGACAGCAGUACAAAACAGUGAUCCUUUCAUGAACGAUCACGCUGACGAACCUGCCAGAAUCCUUCAUAAUCCUAAUACAAACAUGGUGACCAUAAGAAACCCUGCGUUUGGCCCGAUGAAAGUGCCACCUACCCAACAGGCGGCCAUCAUAAAGGUGUCGGAAAAUGGGAUGGUCACUAUCAGAAGUCCUGCGUUGCAACAGGCAAUUAACGCAGGCCUCACAUCACCCCCAAAACCGGAUUAUAUUGUGAAGGGUGAUCUGUCGUCGAAAUCGUCAACAGAGAACUCAAACAUGAAACACGCGAAUGGUAUCAUUCCGUCGAGUUUAGCGGAGCUGAGAAGCAGACUGACGCCUGACUGCACGACCCUAAGUGGUUUGGCUAACAUACAAAUUAGUAAAGUGACAAACGGUCAACCGAUACCGGAGAACGGGAUCAACUUGAAGGGGACAAGCGUGACGCUAACGAAAGUGAGGACAGAGGCAAGCAUGGAGGACGUGCAAAGUGCGAAAACAGCGGUUCGAGAAGCGAUAAACGCCUCGAUAGCAGCGUCGUCUGGCGGGAAGAGCAAGAAAAAGAAAAAACGCGGAACCGGCGCGAGACAGUGCGGAGAUGACUGGAACCUCGUUGAGAGCGUAUUCACGCCAAAAGAUAUAGACCUCGAGGACGGGGAGAUGGACGACGCUGAACGCGAGCUAGAGGCCUUCAAGAGGUUUUGCCUGCAGUCGGUGCCGCCGCCGCGUAAGGAAAAGGUCAAUCUCAACAUCAAGGACAUCGUGCUAAAGAAGAAGUCAUCCUCGUCGUCCUCGGCGGCUGCUACUGUGAUCGCCGCGAAUUGAUUUCUCUUUCGACUAACAUUAGACGCCCCCUACCACUACUAC